AUGCAACUCGAAGGUAACUACCAAAAAGCAGCAGCUUUCAUCCGCAACGCAGCACAACAGAAAGCCGAGCUGGCCGUUCUGCCAGAAUACCAUCUCUUGAACUGGGUACCGCAAGAUCCUAAGUUCAAGGAAGCUUGUGGAAAAUGGGAGGAGUAUGUUGACAGGUACUGUGCUCUGGCAAAAGAGUGCAAUAUCUGCAUCGUUCCAGGCACUAUUCUGGAACUCAUCAACCCAGGCACAAAGGACGAGACGUUACUGAACGUGGCUUACUUCAUCGACAACAACGGCGAGAUCAUUGGUCGAUAUGUCAAGAAGAAUUUAUGGGGCCCUAUUGAGCGACUCCACUUGACUUCGUCUUCCGAAGAUGCCCAUCCAGUGUUCGAUACGCCAUUAGGCAAGGUUGGUAUGCUGAUUUGCUGGGACCUCGCCUUCCCAGAAGCUUUCCGUGAGAUGAUCGCUCAAGGUGCGAAAAUCAUCAUCAUUCCUACUUUCUGGACCUUAUCGGACUGCUCGCCUGCUGGGCUGGCAAUCAACCCUAGUUCGGAAGGACUUUUCCUGGAUUCUAUGCUUACGGCGCGGUGCUUUGAGAAUACUUGUGCCGUCAUCUUCGCCAAUGCGGGUGGACCACCCGGUAAAGGCUACGCAGGACUAUCACAAGUCUGUGUACCAUAUGCAGGGGCUCUUACACGACUCGGAAGCUCGGCAGAAGGCAUGGCAGUCGUCGACCUCGAUAUGAAGAUCGUCGAGGAUGCAGAGGCGAAUUAUCAGGUGCGAGCGGAUCUGGCAAGAACCGAUUGGCAUUACGAGUACAGACACAGCAAGACGGACGCGAAGUUGUGA